AAAUUAGCAAGUGGAAAUAACCGAACCUUAAUUGGGUUAUGUUGAUAAUUUUCCCCGCUGCAACUGGAUGGAUAACACCAGAGUGACGACCCAACUGUCAUAGAGUAGAAGUUUUGCUGCCAAAUCCUGCAUUUUCCAUUGAUUCGUCAAAAAAAUUAAAAAAAAUCCAUGGAAGCUUUCACGUCGACCGUUGCUUCCCACCAUUUCUCUUCUUCUUCAUUUUCUUCGCUUCCACUGACCAAAGUCUACCUAUCAGACAUCCCUAGAAGGUCAUAUAAUCCUCCUUCGUCUUCUUCUUGGAUUGGUUCUACUCAUUCCCUCUCUUUCUCCUCUCGAAACUCUUUCACUAGGGAGGCAUGGAGGGUGAUAAAUUUAAAGAAUGCAGUAAAUUCUAGAAGAAAGAGUGUGAUUAGAGCGGAUAUGUUUGGGCAGCUCACCAGCGGACUUGAAUCUGCUUGGAACAAGCUCAAAGGGGAAGAGGCCUUGACAAAGGAAAACAUUGCUGAACCUAUGAGAGACAUUAGGAGGGCUCUUCUGGAAGCAGAUGUCAGUCUCCCAGUUGUGAGAAGGUUUAUUGAAUCUGUUACUGAAAAUGCUGUUGGUACUAGCUUGAUUCGGGGAGUGAGACCUGAUCAGCAAUUGGUCAAAAUUGUACAUGAGGAGCUUGUGAAACUGAUGGGUGGAGAGGUUUCUGAGCUGGUUUUCGCAAAAUCUGGUCCCACCGUCAUUUUAUUGGCUGGUCUACAAGGUGUUGGAAAGACAACCGUUAGUGCAAAAUUAGCUUUUUAUCUUAAGAAACAGGGAAAGAGUUGCAUGCUAAUUGCUGGAGAUGUGUAUAGACCUGCUGCAAUUGACCAACUUGCUAUUUUGGGAGAAAAGGUUGGUGUGCCUGUUUAUAAAGCAGGAACUGACGUUAGGCCUGCAGAUAUAGCUCGACAAGGUUUAGCAGAGGCCAAAAGAAAUAAAGUAGAUGUGGUCAUAAUGGAUACAGCUGGAAGACUUCAGAUAGAUAAGGAGAUGAUGGAUGAAUUGAAGGAAGUGAAGCGGGUAUUGAACCCCACAGAAGUUUUGCUUGUUGUGGACGCAAUGACUGGCCAAGAAGCAGCAGCUCUGGUCGCAUCAUUCAAUCUUGAAAUUGGAAUUACUGGUGCCGUUAUGACAAAGCUAGAUGGGGAUUCUAGAGGUGGAGCAGCUUUGAGCGUAAAAGAGAUUUCAGGAAAGCCAAUCAAGCUUGUAGGAAGGGGUGAGCGCAUGGAGGACCUGGAACCUUUCUAUCCUGAUCGUAUGGCCAGUCGAAUCUUAGGGAUGGGAGAUGUUCUAUCCUUUGUGGAGAAGGCCCAAGAAGUUAUGCGGCAAGAAGAAGCUGAAGAGUUACAGAAGAAGAUCAUGAGUGCUAAAUUUGACUUCAAUGACUUCCUCAAGCAAACCCGUGCAAUUGCACAGAUGGGUUCCAUGGCUCAGGUUAUCGGAAUGGUUCCUGGCAUGUCUAAGGUAACUCCUGCACAAAUUCGACAGGCAGAAAAGAACUUUAAGAUGAUGGAAUCAAUGAUAGAAGCAAUGACCCCUGAGGAGAGGGAGAAUCCGGAGCUGUUAGCCAGCAAUCCAGUUAGGAGGAGACGCAUUGCUCAAGAUUCUGGAAGAACUGAGCAACAGGUGAGUCAAGUAAUCGCUCAAUUUUUCCAAGUGCGUGCUCGUAUGAAGAAUAUGAUGGGCGCAAUGGAGGGUGGAUCUGUUUCUAACUUUGAAGAGGCAAUGCAAUUUGAACAGCAGUCCACUGCUGGAACUGCAAAGAGGAAGCAGAAAUCGAAAUCUAGGAAGCUAUUUACAGAGUCAGCAUCGACAAGACCAAGCGCUCGUGGCUUUGGGGCCAAAUAGGGAACUAUGUUUUCCAUAAUAAUUGAAGAUCUGAUCUGGUCUCUUUUGCUGAUAUGGUCCAGUUAUAGUCUGAAAGACACAGUUUACUGAGUCUCCUCUAAUCAAGCUUUAACACUAUCUUUCUGGGGAUGGAGAAAAGAGGCAG